AUGUCAAACAACGCGGAUUCGACGAUAUUCACGAAAAUGAGUGGGUUUCGGAUCCUAGGAUCCAAAUUUAUUAUAAUUUCAGCCAGUCGAGCUGCCGGCAAGCGUCGGGUCAAACCGACGUCCGUUCUGUACGCCACACUCAACGAUAACAACAGUUCCGACGAGGAGGACGACGAUUUUGAAGGUUUCUUUUAAAGAUUUUCAGACCUUUUUUUUCGGACGAUCUCUAUUUUUGAGAAAUAUUAAUGACAAUCGAUAAUAGCUAACCACAAUCUUUCCAGUGAAACCAGACGAGACGUGCGUGAAAACAGAGACGUCCGAUUCGGAAUCUGGAUCCUCGAACGGCCUAUCGGACCAGGACGUGAGCGAUGAGGAGGACUCGGAGGAAGAGGAAAACGAGGAGGAAAACGGAGUUGAAAACGAGGAGGAGAAACGGAGGACGCCUUCCGCAGACAAGGAACUGGUCGUGUGCGGAGUGUGCGUGAAUGCACGCGAUGCUGUGGCCGCCGGCGAUUUUAUGCAGUGCGAUAAGUGAGUAAUGAACGGUAGAGCACUGAAAUAUUGUAUUGUUCUCAUUAAACCAAGAAGAGUGCAUAGACUACGCGCCUCUUGUUACAAUAAAGCGUGGAUUCAAGAGAACGGUAGUGCGCUCAAUUGACAAUUUUUGUCGUUUUUCUUAUCACAUUCAUCUUCUCACCCUCUCUCUCUCUCUCAUUUCAGAUGCGGAAUCCACGUGCACGAGUCGUGCUACGGCGGUCUCCGACACGACGACCCGGAAGAGACGCGGUGGUUCUGCGAGCCGUGUCAGAUGGGACUCACCGAUCCGCCGCACUGCGAGUUCUGUCCCUCCCGACUCGGCGCCUUCAAACGAGCAGAAAUACCCGGCCGCUGGUGCCACGUCGUUUGUGCUCUUUUCACGCACGGAGUCGUUUUUACGCAGGUUCGAAGAAAUUGUAGGAAAAUUCUGGAUUUUUUAUGGGAAAACUUUAGACUCGAGCAUGAUGUUGCCUACAUUUUCUUGGGCGAAAUUAGCUAUUUUCAAGGCGCGCGAUCGCUUAGCCAAGCAAUACAGUGUUUGUGAAAGUAUAUUCAAACUUUUUUUUCAGGCAGACACCCUGACGGGAAUAUCGUGGGAAUUGCUCGAGAACUCGUUGUUCGGAAAGCGGACGUGCUCGGCGUGCUCCGACAAAAUCGAGGCGCGGUUCGGAAUCGCGCCGAGAUGCGAGAGCGGAAUGUGCAAAGAGUACCUACACGUGACGUGCGCACAAAAGUUGGGACUGCUCGUCGACGAGACGGACGAUCACGAGUCGGCCGACGCGAUCGCCGUCAUGAGAUACUUCUUCUGCAAAAAGCACACGAACCACGAUAAUCUGAAGCCGCUUCAGAAGAGAUGGGCGGCCUGGGAGAAGGCCGAAUCGAGAAGGAUGACUGUGAACAGACGGAGGAAACCGUUGGACGAGGACGAGAAGAAACUGAGGGAGGCUAUGCGGGAGAAGCUGGAGAAGACGUUGUUUGCGGAACAGGAGCUGUCCAGGGUAAGGAUUCCACACGUGGAAAUGGCAAUUUUCUUAUUCAAAUCUCUUUUUCAUCGAUAUAUUCAGGCUCAAGCGCAACGCGGCGAAGACCGUCAGAAGCAGGCACGUCUUCUGAACACGUCGGCCGAAUAUUUCGACCGUUUCGAAACAAAGGCCGAAGAUGUGGGCAUAACCCGCGAGGAGUUCAGGGAUCCGUUCUUCAACAUCAAACUGGCGAACACCUCGCACAUUCCCAUCGGAUUCUCCAAAGAGUACAUUGAGUAGGUUUUGAGAAGUUUUCGAAAAUUUUAUCUUAGUUACAAGCCGGAAUCCCAAGAUUGAUUUCAAAGACAUCUCCCUUCAAUUUUCAGUUUCAUGGCGCUCCGCGACUCGCAAAUAAUCCCGGAAGAAGAGGAAAAACUGCGAAAAGUGCGGGAAAUGUUGGCGGAAACGAAGCAAAAGCACGAGAAGAUGGCCGCCUCGAAGCAGUUGUCGGAGAGAUUCGAAGAGAACGACGGCCUCAUCGAGCACAAACUCGCCACGUUGCACCGUCUGAGCAGGGUGCUCGUAGAGCUUCAGGAGAAGAACGACGACUUCUCGGAGCUGCUCGCCGAGUUCGUCGACGUUUCGGCGCGGAAGAGUGCGGAAAGGACGCGCGGAAGCCCGUCGGCAAGCGGAAAAGUCGAGUACGCGUGUGCGAUUUGCGAGCAAACGACGGAGCAGCACAAGCAGACGCAGUGCGAUGAGUGCCACAAGAGCUACCACAUUGGAUGUCUGACGCCGCCGCUCACGCGAUUGCCCAAGCGCAACAACUUUGGCUGGAUCUGCCACGUUUGCAAUGAGAGCGACGAGAGCGAUGAGGUAGUGAUGUGUCUCAGCAUAGGCCACGCCCAGUUUUCCAAUAUUUUCAGUCUAAAAAAGCUAAAACAAAUCAAAUAAAUUUCAGGAAAUCCUGGAGACGACCUACGACGACUCGGCUCCAUCCACUCGAUCUUCCAGAAGUCGUCGUCCGCCUGCCCGCCUUUCUGCAUUUGACAAUCAAUAA